UUGACUUUGAUAUUACUUGUGGAUUUUGGAUUGAAAGUGCAAUUUUGAUUGGGGAAGUAGCAUAUGCUUGUGGAAUUAGUCGAGGUGUGCACAAACAUGCCUGAAUGUCUCGAUUGUAAAACAAAAUAAGGGAUUGAUAUAUUAUGUGAACUUUGAGUUUUUUUUUUUUUUUUUUUUUUUUUCUGAUAACCGUGGUGUUCGGGUCAACUUGCGCGCACCUCGACGAAUUCCACGGGAUAUCUGCCACCUUUCACCAGCAAUAGGUACCCGUUAACUCUGUCCACCAAGGCUAUAAUCUAGAACAGUUAACUUAGAGUUAGAAACUUGUUGAAGUGUGUUCGUUUUAGUUUUCAAUUCUUUGUUAUGGUGGUGUUUGAAUCAGUUUACACACACGUUGGACUAUUCCACCGAGUACUUGCUACCUCCCAUCAGCACGGGUUCUUGGUAACUCCAUACAUGAAAGUUUAGAUAGAUAGAAUAAUAUCGCGUCUAUUGUUUCUAAGAUGAAACGCGUUGAAGUGGUUCUGAGCUAACAAUGUUAGUUGUUUUUGCUUGGACCAAGAAGAAAGGAAAGGGGGUUUGUCCGUGCUCCUUCCGUCCCAUUUUAAGUGACAGUAAUUGAUAACCGUGGUGUCUGGGUCAGUUUGCGUACACCUCGACUAAUUCCACAUAUACCCGCCACCUCCCACCAGCAACAAGUACCAGAUAUAUAUGUUCACCAAGGCUAGAACAGUGAACUUUGAGUUAGAAACUUGUUAAAAGUGUGUUGAAACUUGUUGAUGUGUGUUCUUUUUAGUUUUUAAUUCUUUAUUAUGGUGGUGUUUGAAUCAGUUUACGCACAAGUUGGACUAUUCCACCGAGUACGUGCUACCUCCAACCAGCACAGGUUCUAGAAAUUAGAGGAGCUCGAGAAGAAGGAGAAGGUACUCCUGAAGAAGGUUUCCGAGGAGGUUGAAAAGGCCAAAGAGUUUACAAGAGCUAAGAACAAGAGAGGUAUCGAUGAAUUGUUUGCUUGCUUUGUAAAAUUUUCCAAGUUUCUGACAUAUUCGUGGUUAUGAAGCGCGAAUUACUUAACUGCUUACCGUAUAUUUUAUACUGGUUUUUUUACAUUACUCAGCAGUGACGGAACCUUGGAGAUAUAAGGGGAUUCUAAAUCUUCUGUAGAUAUAUAAAAAGUAAUUUUGACCUUGUGUAUACAGUGUAACGUAAGCAUCUCCACCCCUGCGUAUGAGCUUUUACAAAUGGCUUUCUAUUCGGUGACAAGUUAUUAUACUCCGAAUUCUAGGCCUUCUAUGUUAUAAGGAAUCAUACGAAUGAAAACUUUCAUGACGUUGUGUGAACUAAUAGGAAGUUCUAUAUACGUCAAGGAACCAUCGAUGUAUAUAGCGAUUUUAGUACUCAGUAUAAGCAUUCUGGAUUUGUUAUCUAUUGAGAAUUUCUCGCCUUCUCUCGAACUAAGGUGAAAUACUAAUUAUCGUUCUUUUCUUGUAGCGGCUAUUCAAUGUUUGAAGAGGAAGAAGUUGUAUGAACAGCAAAUUGAGAAGUAUGGGGGGUUUCCAGCUUCGCAUUCACGAUCAGAUGAUAACGCUGGAAGGUGCGAAAGCUACAACUGAAACUAUUGCAGCUUUGAAAACUACAGCAGCUGCAAUGAAAGGAAUGCAUAAAGCAAUGAAAAUCGAUGACGUAGACAAGAUGAUGGACGAAAUAAACGAACAAAAUGAAAUCAUUAUACAAAUACAGGAUGCUUUGGCUACUCCAAUUGGUUCAGCAGCUAACUUUGAUGAGGAUGAACUGGAAGCCGAACUCGAAGAGUUGGAGAGUGCGGAAUUGGAAGAGGAGUUGCUUCAACCAGCAACUACAGCCUCUGCUGCCGCAAUCCAUGCGGCAGCAGAAAAACAACCUACUCGCCCUAUUCGCGCUGCUGAAGAAGACGAACUUGCUGCUUUACAAGCAGAGAUGGCUCUUUAAACUUAAAUUGUUGCUUUCACAUAUCUUUUGAUAUCUGUAUGACUCAUUGUGUAACAUAGAUUUGUUGCAGUAUAUGGGAUAUUUUCAUGAACUUAGUGGUCCAUUCUCA